UCCUUUUUCGUAAUGUCAACAGCAAGGCAGAUACUAUAAUCAGCAGCCGGGCGAAAUGAUUUUCCUCAAUCCUCUUAUUGCACUAAACGUAACUAUAGCUUCGUCAGAUUCAAGUGAGAUGCCAUAUAGCUAGUCAUAUUACUCGCCGCUGCAGCUAAAAGUUUAAUCUGAAUUCUGUUUUCAGAGUGAACUGGAGAUGUCUAGCAGCACCCAGUUGAACAUCCGACAGUGGACCACCAAGCAUGUAGCCAAGUGGCUGAAGGACGAGGGCUUCUGCCACUAUGUAGACCUGCUGUGCAACAAGCACCGUCUGGAUGGCAUGUCCUUACUCACCCUCAGCGAGUACGACCUACGCUCUCCCCCGCUUGAGCUCAAGGUGCUGGGGGACAUCAAGAGGCUGAUGGUGUCCCUCCGCAAGCUGCAGAAACAAAACCUGGACAUCCUGGAGGAGCUGGGGGUCCCGUUCGACGGACACUCCCCUCAGGGUGGCGGUGGGGACUGGCACUGCAAUGGAGACUCCAGUAGAGAGUGUGAUAACUCUAACACAGACACUGCACCGGUUGGGGAGCAGUAUCUUCAGUAUACAAAUGGGAAGUACAAGCAUGGAGGGAGCAGGAGGCUGGACCCUGAGUACUGGAAGACGGCGCUUAGUGCCAUCUAUGUUGUGUUCGUUUUUGGAUUUACCUCCUUCGUCAUGGUGAUCGUGCACGAGAGGGUGCCGGACAUGCGCACCUACCCGCCCUUGCCAGACAUUUUCUUAGACAGUGUACCUAGAAUACCAUGGGCCUUUGCCAUGGCAGAGGCAUGUGGAGUGAUCCUGUGUAAUAUCUGGCUGCUAGUUCUGCUGCUGCACAAGCACAGGUCAGUUCUGCUGCGGCGCCUGUGCAGCCUCAUGGGGACAGUGUUCAUGCUGCGUUGCGUCACCAUGUUCGUCACCUCUCUGUCAGUGCCAGGACAGCACCUGCAGUGCUCAGGAAAGAUUUAUGGUGACAUGUGGGCAAAACUGCAUCGAGCUCUGGCCAUCUGGAGUGGAUUUGGAAUGUCUCUCACAGGUGUCCACACAUGUGGUGACUACAUGUUCAGCGGUCACACAGUGGUCAUCACCAUGCUCAACUUCUUUGUGACAGAAUACACACCAAGGGGUUGGAACUUCAUCCACACCUUAUCGUGGGUCCUAAACUUGUUUGGGAUCUUCUUUAUCCUGGCGGCCCAUGAACACUACUCCAUCGACGUCUUCAUAGCUUUCUACAUCACAACCAGGCUUUUCCUGUACUACCACACGCUGGCUAACACCAGGGCCUACCAGCAGAGUCGCAGGGCCCGCAUCUGGUUCCCCAUGUUCUCCUUCUUUGAAUGCAACGUCAACGGCCCUGUGCCCAACGAGUACGGCUGGCCCUUCUCUAAACCCGCCAUGAUCAGGAGGAUGAUUGGGUACUAGGUGGUAGAGGACACCUGUCUGCGACGCAGCCAGAAGGACAUUGAUCUCAUCUAAUAGACACUACUGGUGACUUUGAGCCCUGUCGUGCUAUUUUUGCUACUGCCCUCUGAAAGAAGUUGCUAACUGUGGUUAUGUGAUAUCAACUUUAUAUUCCAAUAUCUACAAGAGAUUGCUAACUGAGAUGGCUUGUGGGAUCCUAUUGGUGCCAUGGUGUGACCGGGUACAGACAGAGAUGUGACUCCUCAUAUUCUGUCCCAUGUCAGCCUGUUAAAAGGGAUUAAAGUAAGGCUUGUGUCUAAAUUGACAACCUAUUCCUCAUGUAAUGCACUACUUUUGACCAGGGCACAUAAGGCUCUGAUCAAAAGUGGUGCACUACAUAGGGAAUAGGGUGCCAUUUGGGACUCAUCCUUUCAUCAAUUUUCUCUCUUCAUUUGAAAAGGGAUAAGUUUUUUUUAAAUUAAUGUCCCACAACUUUUGCCACAAGAUCAAUAAUCUGGUUACAGAUAUGUAUGUGCUUUAGUCAGUGCCUCUUCUGUUGUUAUGGUAUACAUUCUGUUUAUGGCAUGACGACAAACUCGACAGAGGAGUUAGUCAGUGCCUCUUCUGUUGUUAUGGUAUACAUUCUGUUUAUGGCAUGACGACAAACUCGACAGAGGAGUUAGUCAGUGCCUCUUCUGUUGUUAUGGUAUACAUUCUGUUUAUGGCAUGACGACAAACUCGACAGAGGAGUUAGUCAAUUCCUCUUCUGUUGUUAUGGUAUACAUUCUGUUUAUGGCAUGACGACAAACUCGACAGAGGAGUUAGUCAGUGCCUCUUCUGUUGUUAUGGUAUACAUUCUGUUUAUGGCAUGACGACAAACUCGACAGAGGAGUUAGUCAGUGCCUCUUCUGUUGUUAUGGUAUACAGUCUGUUUAUGGCAUGACGACAAACUCGACAGAGGAGUUAGUCAGUGCCUCUUCUGUUGUUAUGGUAUACAUUCUGUUUAUGGCAUGACGACAAACUCGACAGAGGAGUUAGUCAGUGCCUCUUCUGUUGUUAUGGUAUACAGUCUGUUUAUGGCAUGACAACAAACUCGAAAGAGGAGUUAGUCAAUGCCUCUUCUGUUGUUAUGGUAUACAGUCUGUUUAUGGCAUGACGACAAACUUGACAGAGGAGUUGACUAAAGCACAAACUGAUCUGCUACUACCAGGCUACCAUUUCAAUGCUUAAGGGCUCAGACACACCAAUAGGGUUUGCUGGUCGGGAGUAGUUAGCACCUCUGAACAUAAUUUGCUAAACCAAGUGCACACUCAUUUUACAUGUAGAAUUGCUUGAAAAAUGUGAAUGAUCUGCAGACUAACGCUAGAUGCACAUGUGUUGCAAUGUGUAUGAGCCUUAAAAGCUCUUACAAUCUGUUAGAUAAUGGGGGGAACAGCAAGCUAUAGGUUUGGGGAAACAUAAAAGCAGAAUUCUCAGGCAGCCUAUUGUAACCAAACACAUUAUUUUAAGUCAGUAAAGUUUGUUGAAAUCUAAAAUUCAACAGCGUUAGUGAAAUAGGCUAUUGUGUGUUCACUAGAUAUCCUGAGAAGUUAGGGCACUUUUCAUAAUAUUAUUGACAUGUUUCUUUCAAUGUUUUAUCUGGACUCUAGUUCUAAUACAAGUAUGGACCACCUUAAAGGCAAUAUCAAAACGUCACAGAUGAUACUGUUGCUGAAUUUAUGUAUAGCAAUAUCAUAGUUCAAGAUGUUGUGACCGGUCUUGUUACUUGUUUGCCAUUGUUUCUUUAGGUAGUGUGUAAAGCUUCUGCAUUCCUUAAGACACUACUGUGGUUUUGACAGUAUUACUAGAAUGCUGAUUGAGUCAUUCAUGGCUCAUUUUGAAAUGAACUGUUUUGGUUUCCUUUAUAAUAUUUGUAUUGUUCAGUUAUUAUCCUGCCUUGUCCUAACUAGACCUUACCGUAACCAGGGUCGUUACUUAGGAGAUCGCAAAAAGCAGCCAAAACUAUGGAAUGGAAAAUGGUGAACAAUUGUUUUAAAUACCAUUCCAUUUGCCAAUAGCUUUAGUUGUUAUAGUAACAUUGUCUGUGUAGGUAAUGCAUAUCUCAAAUAUUGAAUUUUUCUGAGUUUUGUACUAGCUUGUAAUUUAGUAAUUGACCAAGAUUCACGAUAAGAAUAACAUACAAGGAUAUCUACAAAGUAAUUGGGGAAAAAAAUGUAUUUUUACUUCUUCCAUAGAUCCCUUGGACUUACUUUUGACUGCAUCUUAAUUUAUUUCAUUUGGUAUAUGUAAAUACCAUUUUUUUUAAAUAGGUAUUUGAUGUACUAAAAGGUUAUUGCAACAUGCACUUAAGCAGGAAUAUGUUUACAGUUGUGCGGAACUAUAUUUGUUUGAAACACAAUGUGCUUUUAUGUAUAGGAUUUAUUUCAGAAUCACCCUUUCACCCAAAUAAUUGAAAACAAAGGCAAAGCAUCACAAAGUCCCCCACAGUAACUCAAAUCAGGUCUGAAACUGCCAUUGAUGGUAUUGGUUACAACCCACUUAGUACAUAUUUGUAAAACAAUGAAGUAUUACUUCCCACUGGGCACAAACGUGAGUUCAACAUCUAGUUAUGAUUUACAUUUGAUUGUGUCGUCGACUAACAUGAAAUUAUACAAUUCCUGGAAUUCCUUCACGUUUGAUAACAUUUUGCAAAUCCAAUCAGGUUUCCACGGUGAUUCAACGUCAUCACAUUUGAAUGUUUCUAUUGAAAUGGCAUAGAAACAAUGUUGUAUCAAUCCGUUUGAGUCCAGUGGGUUUUUGUCCUAUAUCCAUCCCAUCAUGUUUUAUUUUGAAUUUCAGCUGUGGAAUAGUUACUUGUACUACUAGGCCUAGAUCGUAACCCGUUACUAGUUGAGUCUUUACCCCCCCCCACCACCACCUUUCUUAUAAUUCCAACUAGUUCCUAAUGCAUAAAUCUUUUGGUUUGAGUAAUGCCAGCUCGUGUGCAUGCUAGCUAGGUAGCUAGCUGCAAAUUCAUAGUUUUCCGCUAAGAUGUUAGAUACAUACUUAUGAAUGAUGGCUUUUCUCUCUUGAAUUUGUUCUUAGUUGUCACUUUUAACCCCUCUAAUAAAAUGUUACUAAUCCUUAUCACCGGUGUGGUUAUAGCGGUAUGUUACUUAUCUUCAAGAUACAGUAAUUGACUACCAAUGUAAUGAAAAUGUAGCAAUAACAGCCAGUGUGGUUGUAUUGGGUUAAUCAAUAAUGUCCUGCAAAUGACAAAUGUCUUUACCAUCAUUAAACAGUAGAAAUCAA